AUGGCCUCGUCCUCGUCUGUGCCGUCGCUCUUUGGCGAUGUGUCAAUCGACCAUGCCAUCGCUGGCUUUGGAGCCGGAACUGUCGCGACGCUGGUGAUGCACCCGCUUGACCUCGUCAAGGUGCGCAUGCAGCUCGCCGACACAAACGUCAAGCCCAAGUUUGGCCACGCGCUCGUUGACGUCCUCAAGGAGUAUGUCAAGGCCGACGGCUGGCGUGGCCUGUAUCGCGGUCUCGUGCCGAACCUAGUCGGAGGCGCCGGAAGCUGGGGACUGUACUUCUUGUUUUACAACAUGAUCAAAAAGCAAAUGCAGGGCGGCGACCCAACAUACCGCACCUCUGCUGGCCAACACCUCCUCGCUGCUGCCGAGGCAUCAGCAAUCACCGCCAUGCUCACCAACCCGAUCUGGGUCGUCAAGACUCGUGUGUUUGCGACCCCGCAUAACGCUCCAGGAGCCUACAAUGGCCUGUUUAACAGCUUUGGUCGCAUCUACAGCGCCGAGGGCUGGCGCGGUCUGUAUCGCGGCUCACUGCUCGCUCUUGUCGGCGUCUCCAACGGCAGUAUCCAGUUUGCGACCUAUGAGGAGAUCAAGCGGGCGCGCGUCGAGCUCAAGAAGAGGAAAUUCGCUCACCGCGGUAUCGAGUUCAGGCCCGAGGACGAAAAGCUCACCAACUGGGAGUACAUCCUUGCCUCGGGAGCGUCCAAGUUUGUCGCCAUUGCCUUGACAUACCCGUACCAGGUCGUCCGUGCCCGCAUCCAGAACGCAAACGGACCCGACUUUACGAUCCCGCGCGUCAUCUCCCAUAUAUGGCGUAACGAGGGCUUUGUCGGCCUCUACAAGGGUCUCGGCACCAACGCAAUCCGCAUCCUGCCGGGAACCUGCACGACGUUUGUCGUGUACGAAAACUUGGCACACUUGUUCAAGUCGCUCGCCCUCAAGAAGCAGAGGGCACUGGAGCAGGAAGCUCGACCAUUGGCAUGA